AUGCCCCUUCUCUACGUCCUCACCUUCUUCAUCCUCAUCUCGGGCCUCUUUUCCGUCCUGCUGUCCCUGGCGCCGUGCUUCGUCAAGUCCAAGAACCACUGCUACCGCGGCUAUGAGUCCCACUUCUCCUUCGACGUCGACCGCGCCGACCACGCCGAGUGGAUGCGCGCCAUCCCGGAUGACACCAACCUCACCAGCCUGUCCAUCCCCGGCACCCACGACACCAUGACCUUCGAUCUCAGAGACGAGGUCUUCCAGUGCCAGAACCACAACCUCUCGACCCAGCUGCACGCCGGCAUGCGCUACCUCGACAUCCGUGGCCGCCUCAUCAACGACACCAUCGGCAUCUACCACGGAUCCAUGCCCACCGGCUACUCCUACACUGACGUCCUCCUCACCGUCUUCUCCUUCCUCGACGAACACCCCAGUGAGACCGUCGUCAUGCGCCUCAAGGAGGAGGGCCGGCCUCUCGGCUCCAACACCAUGACCUUUGAGGACGCCUUCAACUUCUAUCUGCACAACUCCACCGCCACCGCCCCCGGCGCCAAGGCCCACUUCCGCAAGCACAACCCGCACGCGCCCUACCCGACCCUCGGCGCCCUCCGCGGCAAGGUCUUCCUCCUCCAGAACUUCGCCGCCAAGGGGCCCGAGAGCCCCUACGGCGUCAUCUGGGAGUCCGCCGACAUGGUCCUCGAGGACCUCUGGAUCAUCCCCAGCAUCGACCACCUCUACAUGAAGUGGGAGGCCAUCGAGAACGCCCUGCGCCGCGCCGCCACCGCAAAGGAGCGCGUCAACCGCGUCCUGUACCUCGCCCACCUCAGCGCCUCCGUCGGCGUGCUCCCCAUCGAGGCCGCCGCCGGAAACCUGAACCGCACCGUCGCCGGCAUGAACGACCGCACCGGCGACUGGCUUGCCGCCACCACCGACCGCGCCGACAGCGGCAAGACCGGCGUCGUCAUCAUCGACUUCCCCGGCAAAGAGCUGGUGGACCAGGUGCUCGCGCGGAAUCGGAUGUUGACGGGCCGGAGCGCCGAGCUCGUCGGAAGCCGGAUGAUCCGCAAAACCCGAAACGGCGCCGGUGCUGCCGCUGGGUUAGCCGCGUGGGUAGGGUCCUGGUUAGCCCCCUUCCUUCAGCGGUCAAGCUAUGCCGUCUCUGGAUGCUUCGGGCUCCAAAAGAGGGGGGAAAUCACCAAGCCCACGAAGCACGGCCUCGAAAAGGGCGAAGAUGAUGAGGAGAUAACUAGUAUAAAGUCCUCUGUACUAAAGAGGCUAAAGAAGCCUUUCUUACUAACUACCUAUAGUGUAAAUAGUAAAGAUAAAUUAUUACAAGAGGUAGAUUCUUUAGCGCUAAUAGUUACUAGUAUCUCUAUUUCUACUAGUUUAAAAGUAAGGCUAACUUACUACUGUUACUAUAACUCCUCUGCUAUCUAUUACAUUAAUCCUUUAGCUCUAUGCCCUUAUAACUUUACUAUAUAA